AUGACAAUAUUUCCCACACAAACAAAUGCGAGCUACGUAAUCGGAGCACCAUAUAUUGAACAAGAAAACGACUUAGUGAUAUGGGACGCGAAAAUAUACCCAACAACCAAUGACGAUCUUGUGCAUCUUGUAAAACUUAACAACGCUUCUUCUAAUACAUGUACAUGUACCACCACAACGAAUGCCAAAAAUACAUGUGUUGACUCGAAAAUGCGUUUCCGCCUCAUUUCCGCACAAGAUUCUUCGGUAAAUUCAAUCGAAUUCACAUACUCUAUGGUGUCUUUUUCCACACCAUUUAAUGAUUCGUCUUCAUUGCCGCCGAGAGCUGUGUACCAUGAGAAUGAUUGGUCUGCUAACAUUAUUGCGAGUGAAUUCGGUGUAGCGAACAUUACUCCAGACAGUGGCUUUAUGUGGUCUAAUUUCUACGAGGGUUUAUUUAUACUAUUUAUGUUUAGCUGGGCAUAUUUUAUUUUACUUGCCAGAAAAAUUUAUUUUGGAACUGGCAACUUUCCAGUGACUUGGACUGCUGAUGAAUGUCAUAGAUUUUUAGUAGGGGCAGAUUUUCAAUCACCCAAAUCAAACGUAUCGGUAUUAACAAUCGCCAGCGUCUACGACGAUGCAACUAGCGCUAAGAUGCUUCCAGUCAACCGCAAAAACGAUAGAUUCGCACGCGUUCUAAAAAUAAUAAGCAUAAACAGCAUGCCAUACAAAUUUGUAUCGUUCCUACAAAAAAACCAACAAAAUAGCAACAACCUAUCACUAAUCAUUAACACGAACAAGGAGAAACCGCUUUCAACGGGUGACAUUUUUGUCACGGCGACUUAUACGAAUAAUUCGGUAACCGGACAGAUUUAUAGUGAGGACGGGGCGUUUAAUCGUAUUUGGAAUUAUGAUCAAGUGAAAUAUUAUGCGUUAAUUUAUGGCAUUUUUCCGGAUAAUUCUACGUAUUUGUUUGUUUCUGCUGGAAAUGAUACGACUCCACCCACUUUUGCUGUGGUUAAAAAUUGGAAUUUGAUUAGUAUUAAUCUCGAUGGUAUAUCAAGAGGAAAUUCAAACACCAAACAUAAAAAACUAUUGAUAGCUGUCACGCUGCUAAAAAAGAAAAGGAUUGUAAUCGUUCCGCAAAACGAAAAUACUUUAACGUUAUAUAAGUCUUUUUGGUUCCAAGUUAAACCAAAAUUCUUUGAUGAUAUAAGCUUUGUCGAGGGUGGACCGUUUUUGGUUUCUUUACUUUCAAUAUCAACACAUUGUAGAAGUCCAAACGGAAACUCAUACAGUAUCUUUUCAGCUUCAUUUCAGCGGAAUUCUGUUUUAGCUUCACCUCCACAAAGUUCAAGUUUAACUUCAUCCCCACGAAGUUCGGUUUUAGCUUUUUUACUUCCACAAAGUCUAACUUCACUUUUUUCACGAAAUCCAAUGUUAGCUUCAUCUUUACAAAAUUCAAUUUCUCUUCUUCCUUCACAAAGUCAAACUUCUUCACUUCCAACUUCAGCUUCAUCUCCGCGGAAUUCUACUUUAGCUUCGCCUCCUCAAAAUCUAAUUUCAGCUUCAUCGCCACGAAGUUCUGAAUUAGUCGUUUCUUCACAAAUUCUAACUUCGGCUUCAUCUCCGCGAAGUUCUGCAUUAGCUUCACCCACACCAAGCCCAACUUAUCUUUUUUUACGAAAUCCAACUGUAAUUUCACCUCCACAAAGUCAAACUUCAGCUUUAUCUCUGCAGAAUUUUGCUUUAGCUUUGCCUUCACAAAUUUCAAUUUCAGCCUCAUCUCCACAAAGUUCUGAUUUAGUUGCUGCUUCACAAAAUCAAACUCCAAGUCCUGCUUUAGUUUCUUCACCUCCUCAAAGUCAAAUUCCAGUUUCAUCUCCGCAAAAUUCUGCUUUAACUUCGCCUCCACAAAUUCUAAUUUCUGCUUCAUCCCCACGAAGUUUUGAUUUAGCUGCUGCUUAUUCACAAAGUCAAACUUCAGUUUCGUAUCCGAAAAGUUCUGUUUUAGUUUCUUCACCUCAACAAAGUCAAACUUCAGCUUCACCACCGCGGAAUACUUUAGCUUCACUUCCACAAAAUCUAUAUUCAGUCUCAUCUCCACGAAGUUCUGAUUUAGUAGUUGUUUCACAAAAUCUUCCUUCACGAAGUCUAAGUUCUGCUUUAGUUUCUUUACCUCCAAAAAGUCAAACUUCAUCUCCGCAGAAUUCUGCUUUAGCUUCACCUCCACAAAAUCCGAUUUCAGCUUCAUCUCCGCAAAGUUCUGCUUUAGUUUCAUCUUCAUCUUCACAAAGGACGAUUUCAGCUUUAUCUCCAUCACCAAGGAAAGAAUGUAUCAUAUGUGCGGAAAGUUUUGACAUGACACAAUUAAUUCAAAUUUCGAUUGAUUGUCAGCAUGAGAACAAUAUCUGUCAAGAAUGUGUUGCGAGACAUAUUGAACAUGAAUUGCAAGAUAAAGGAAACACUGAAAUUAGAUGUCCAGAUGAAAAUUGCAGAAAUGUGAUGACUGAAGAUUCUGUCAAAAAAUUAUCCAGUGAAACGAUCUUUGAAAGAUAUCAGCAAUUAUCACUUGUGUCGACACUUUCACAAAUAGAAGAUUUCUACUGGUGCUUAAAUCCAAAUUGUAAUUCGGGUCAAAUUCAUUAUGAAGGAGACGCUGCACCAAUAAUGACGUGUCGAUUCUGCUCGAAAAAAACAUGUGUCAUGCAUACGCUACCAAUUUCAGAUGGCUCGCUAAACUGUCCACAAUGCACCACCAAUAUAACCGAAACAUUUGAUAAUGAGCAAGUCAUUGCGCAAGAAGCUACAGCUCCACAGCGCACCAACCUUCUGUCUUCGAAUAAUAUCUCAUGGAACUUCUGCGGGAAAUAA